AACACAUUAAAUCUUUGUGCAAUAACAUUCAUCUAGUGAAGUGAUAGCGCUCUGAAGUUGAAAAAUAAAUAGCAACAAAGAUAGAGUGAUAUACCGAGUUUUAAUAUUGAUAAAAUUUGAUUUGAAUAAAUUAGAAGACAAUUUACAAUAUACACAAAAUAGUUCGUUUGGAGUAAAUACACAAGUACAAUGUUAUUAAAGAUUGCAUCAAGUGUGCUCGCAGUUUGCGUGGUAUCAGCUUUGGCGGAAACAAAUACACAGUAUUCACAGUAUGGUCAAUAUGGUCAAUACGGUCAAUAUAAUCCAUAUGCGUAUUUGGGCUACAACACGUACGGUGGACUUAACUCAGGAUAUGGAACCAAUGCAUAUGGAUCGGGAAAUACCGGAGGAUUCGGCUAUGGUACUUAUGGAAGUUAUUAUCCUUAUGGAACAACUUAUGGAAGCAAUCCCUACUACACCUCUUCAUCAUAUGGAGGUGCCUAUAAUCCUUAUAACACAUAUACAAAUGGUUAUUAUGGUUCUGGUGGCUGGAAUGGACUGGUUUUUGGAGGCAAAAAAUAAACUAAUCCACUUGAACACAUUAAACUCUAGGAAAAAUUCAAUUUAAUUGAAUUUUUUUCAAAACAAAAUCGCACAUCGAUUACAAUUAGAAAUUGUCGAAAAUUCGCUAUUUUUUGGCGUAACAUACAAUUAAUGUUAGCUUUGUUGUUAAGUAUUUAAGACGUUGUGUUUUAGGAAGAAAAGAAAAUAAAAGAAAAUUCUAUAGAAA